AAACCGACUUGGCAACAGGAAGAGAUGAUGAAGCAAAAGCAGAUGGAGGAGCAGCAGUGGCAGGAACAGCAAAUGCUGGAACAACAGAGGGAAGAGCGGCAAAAGCAGGAACAGCGCCGGCAGGAGGAAGAGCAGAGAAGACGGGAGGAGCGGAGGAAACGGGAGGACCUUCGAAAACGGGAAGAGGUCCAGCGACAAGCUGAAGCCUACGUGAUGAAACUGGAGGAGGAUCAGCGCCAGACGGAAGCAGAGGAGCAGGCGAAGAGGCGGCUGCAGCAACUGGCCGCGGCCGAGCUGAAGAGGAAAGAGGAGGAACGCAGGAGGCACGAAGAGAAGAUACAGAAGGAGAAAGAACGACAGGAGCGACUACGCUUACAGCGGGAAGAGAAGAAGAGGAAAGAAAACCUGAAGAGGAAGGAAAAGAGAGAGAUGCAGAAAAAAAAGGAGGCAGAAGCCAAGCUUAACACUUACCAGAAAGGCUUGCGCCUGCAGGGGCAGGGCAAGCAUGACCAGGCCGUUUGUCUCUUCUUGGAGUUCAUCGGCAAGGAGUAUGAGAACACGGUGAUUUACCGCGAAGUCCAGCGCUGCCUGACGGUUCUGCUGGAAUCAUUGGAACAUUGCCAAGAGAUCCCAGACACAGUCAAGUGUGGGGCCCCGCCCACCUUCUGGAACACCACGGUGCAAGAACUGGCCAACCAGAGCAAGUGGUGGAGCCUGUUCCUGCUGCUGGUCGGAGGGAGUUUCAGCGCUAACCGGAACGGCAAUGGCGUGGCCCAUGGCUGCGAUGCCUCUGGGGUGUCCAUUGUGACAUUCUUGGACCAGUGGGAGAGCAUCAAAAUGGCCCCAGGACGUCUGACCAUGGUGAAAGCCUUGUUAGAAAAUAAGGCCAAACCCGACGGCCUGCUGAAUGACCCCGUGACCCCGUUAGUCCACUGUCUGCGGACGGAGAACUACGAGCUGGCUACUCUGCUCCUGACGUAUGGCGCAUCGCCCGCACUCCUAAUCAUUGACCCCGGAGACACUCCACUUCACUCUGCACUCAAGAUUGGCUUUAAACAGGAUGAUCGUAAAUUUGCCGUGCUGGAGCUUCUCCUGACGAAAUACUCCGCGGACCCCACCGGCACCACCUACCUGGACAAGAACGCCCGAGACCGGGCGGGGAACACGCUGUUCCACCUGGCCCUCACGGGGGGCUCCAAGAACCAAUCAUUUAACGCCAUCAAGGUCCUGAGCCAGCACAAGGUCAACCCCUGGCUGCGGGACCAUGGAGGCCGGGUACCACUCAGGAUGGUGACCAACAAAGACCGGCGCUACAUGUUCCUGGCCGAGGCAGCCAAGUACUACGACAGUACCAGUGAACCCGCACAGAGUUCAUCCAGAGAGUCUAACCAGAGUGGUUCCGAUGGCAUCCAUGUUUCUGGCGUCCCAGACGAUUGGUCCAAGGCAGACAGGGGACCGGGACGGGACGGCCACCACCAGCAAGCAACGGCGAGAACAGCCGAGCACGUGCCCCGCAAGGAGAAGCUGCGGCGCGAAGUAGAGCUGCUACUGAGUGCCAUGCCAAUAUAUGUCCCACAGCAAACAGGACUGGACCAAGCAGGAACCACUGUGACAGCGACACUGUCGAGAAGCGGCCCGCGACAAGUUGAGAACAGGGAAGAGGCCUCAAGGAAAGAAAAAUUGAGACAGGAUGUUGAAGAUGAAGAAGAAGAGAUGGAUGAAGAAGACGAAGAGGUAGAUGAUGAUGACGAUGAUGAUGAAGUAAUGGGGGCCAUUGAUGCAACAAUCUUUGAUGAUUUAACCUGGGAGGUAGAGUGCACUGCAAAGGUCUGGAAGUUCCUGCGCGACAAGCUGGUCCUCCACAGCCUGAAGGAGAUGGCCAUCCGCAAGAUCCAGAUGCUGGGAAGCGGCGACUGGCGAGUGCGUCUCUGUAAACCCCUCGAGGGCCUGCCCAAGCAACACGACAUGAAGCUGUACGAAGCCCGGCUGACUAAAGGCGGCCGCAUUCUGUGGGAGUUGGCAAUAGCGUUCUCGCCUCGCUGCAGCGAGGAGUCUGAAAAGAGGCUUGACUCGGGAGACGGUGCUUCGGAGCCUACAGCAGUGGCCGGAGGACGAGUGUACUCAGAGAUAAUCCGCAUCUGGGACAUCGUACCGGACCACCCUAAGAUUACGCAUGCAAUCAAGGUGAUCGUCAAAUCGGUGGAGCGAGGAGAAGAAUGCAUCAUCCGCAAGAAACUGAUAGGCAUCAGCAACAAAUCGCCCACGGGAGGCACAGCAGCGCUUCGCCUGCCGACCUACUUCCGGGAGGUCACAGGAAGCUCACCCGAUCGCCGCACCAAGGCCCUAGACGACUCCAAGAAGAUCCCGAGACCCUUCUUCCCGCCGGCGAGCUCCAGGGAGAACGAGUACCACAUCAUGAAGUUCUACUCGGUCAACUCCACGCUGGUCAACGCCAUGCUCAACGACAGCAACGUCAAGGUGGAUUUCCCGUUCCGUGUGACGGAGCUGGAGCACGCCAUCAUCAACCUGCAGCCCAGGCCCCCGUCCUCCAUCCUGCUGCUGGGCAGAAGCGGAACAGGCAAGACCACAUGCUGCCUGUAUCGCAUGUGGACCAAAUUCUUCAAAUAUUGGCAGCAGGUUUCCAUGACUGGCGAGCCCUUGAUUCCCAGAGAUGUCGCCUUCAUUCACCAGGACAGGCUUGAGGAAGAAGAAGAUGGAAGUGACACAGACAGUGACAGCGCCAGCGCAUCCUACAAACCCAGGCAGGCCUACCGCCGCGGCUCAGAUACCCGCCGUGGUUCUUACGACUCGCGGAGUGCCGAAGCCUACUCCUCGGCGUCGGUCAGCAGGACGGGUUGCCACGGUGACGCUGACGCGGACGAGAACGUUGACACCCCGACGAUCAUGGACCACCUGCACCAGAUCUUUGUGACCAAGAACGCUGUGCUUUGCAGCGAGGUCCAGCGCAACUUCUGCGACAUGAGCCACGCUUGCGAGUUUGCCGGCGAGCCCUUGGCCCAGCAGGACACGCCCAUCCCUCACCGGUUCCAGGACGCUCACCAGGCCCGGUUCCCCUUGUUCCUUAGCUCCCGCCAGCUGCUUCUGAUCCUGGACGCCUCCUUGCCCAAUUCUUAUUUCCCUCGCGCGGCUGACGGAUCGAUGAAGCGAAAAAUACGGGGAUGGGACGAAGAGGAUGGACCUUUGACUUUUAUCCCACUGAUGGAUGAUGAGGAUGAGGAGGACGAAGACCACACCCCAGCAGCUCUUGGCGAAGACGUGAUGCAAGACGGUGAGGCCAACCCCAACGCACCGCGCGGCCUGGGCGGACAGCACGAGGCUCAGGGAGGCGGGGGACAGGCCGCCAAGUAUGACCCACGACGUGAGGUCACGUACGAGGUCUUCGCCUACGAGCUGUGGCCUCGCAUCAACAAGAAGAAGCUGCCAUACCACUCUACGCUGGUGUGGAUGGAGAUCAGGUCCUUCAUUAAGGGAUCAGUUGAAGCACUCCACACAGAGUCAGGCUGCUUGUCCCUGGAGAGUUACUUGGCACUCGGCCAAAAGAGGGCCUCCAACUUCACUGCCGACAGAGAAGAGAUCUACACUCUCUUCAAGACUUACGAGCACAUGAAGAGUCAGAAGAACCUCUUUGAUGAGGGGGAUCUGGUGUUCCACGUCUACCGUCGGCUGCGGGACAUCAAGACACUGGAGUGGGUCCUUCAUGAGAUCUACGUGGAUGAGACACAGGACUUCACUCAGGCCGAGCUGUCGCUCUUCAUUCGCUGCUCACAUGAUCCAAACUCACUCUUUUUGACUGGAGACACUGCACAGAGCAUCAUGCGUGGCGUGGCGUUCCGCUUUGACGACCUGAAGUCCCUCUUCCACUAUGCCAGCAAGUCAGUCAAGGCCCUGGGCAAGCACUCGGCAGUAGCUGUACCCAAGAGAGUCUACCAACUCACGCACAACUACCGAUCGCAUGCCGGGAUUCUGAACCUGGCCUCCACCAUCGUGGAUCUGAUGACCCAUUUCUUCCCCAACUCCUUUGAUCGUCUGGAGCGUGACCAGGGCUUGUUCCACGGCCCCUCCCCAGUGCUGCUAGAGUCCUGCAGCUUCAGCGACCUGGCCUUGCUGCUGUGUGGGAACAAGAGGAAGACAUCUGAGAUAGAGUUUGGAGCUCACCAGGUCAUCUUGGUUGCCAAUGAAGAGGCUAUUGAGAAGCUGCCGGCUGAGCUUCGUCUUGGCCUAGUCAUGACCAUCUACGAGGCCAAGGGUCUGGAGUUUGACGACGUCCUACUCUACAACUUCUUCAAGGAUUCCCCGGCCGACAAGGAGUGGCGAGUGAUCACCGACUACCUGAACGAGUUGAUCGCUGAACAGCGCAACAGGUCCGAGGACCAACAAGAAGGAUUGAAGGAAAUAGAUGUGGAGACCUUGACUGGGACAGUCCGGCCACGGCCUCUGAAAUUCAACCCGGAUGAACACAAGGUGCUGAACUCAGAGCUGAAGUAUCUCUACACGGCAAUCACGAGAGCCAGGGUGAACGUCUGGAUCUUUGACGAGGAUACGACCAAGCGAGCGCCGAUGUUUGAGCUGUUCCGUUGCCUGAAACUCGUCAAAGGCAUCGGUCCAGAAACUGCCCCAGAAGCAGAGGGGCCUGAUUUGGACGCCAUGUUUGUGGAGAAGUCCAGCCAAUGGGAGUGGAUCCAGCGAGGCCAUUACUUCUUUGAGAACAAGCUGUGGAUGGUGGCUGCCAAGUGCUACCAACGUGGUGGAGAUGAGAAGCGAGAAUUGCAGGCCAGGGCGCACCACCAGGCUGUGGAAGCGGACCGCAUGAGAGACCAGCUACCAGCCAUGAGGGAGAAGUUCCUGCAAGCAGCCGGCCUGUUCCUGCAGUGUGAUAGCAGCCAGAUGGCCGUCAACUGCCUCUACAAUGCCAGGGAGUUUGGCCUGCUGGCUCAGCUUCUGGAGAAGCGGGGAGAGUUCUCAAAAGCGGCCAAGAUCUACGAGAAGCGACUGAAUCGUAUUAGCGAUGCCUGCCGCUGCCUGGAGCUGAUGGGGGAUUACGCCAAGGCCUUAGACCUCCUGUGCAGUGUGGGUCUGCACACCAAGGCCCUGGACCUCAUCGAUCGCUUCAACCGGUUAAAGCAGGAGCAGAAGAUGAAGGGGAUGCCCUUACCAAGACAUGUCAGACCGCCAGGGGCCACCCACACCCUGAAUGAGUUGAUCUACAAGUCAGCAGAGUACCACUUCAAGCAGGGAGACCGUGGGCAAAUGCUGGAUGCCUUGGAGCAAUUGGGCCAGUUUGAAGCCAGAGUGGACUUCCUGCGUAAGAGGGAGCUGUUUACUGAGGCUGUGACAAUGCUGAAGGGCGGUAGACGUCUUCUGGAAGCAGCCAAAAUACUCAGAGAACAGGGUAAGCUGGAGGAAGCCUGCACCAUCCUAGAAUCAUCAAGUUAUCCUGAGUUUGUAGCAGAGUGUCGACUGAGCCAGGCAAGGAAGCUCCUACUAGAGCCAGACAGUGAGGCCAACCAGGCUUCUGCCGUCUCACUUCUCACCAAGGCAGAGAGCCUGUUCAGCAGAUGCAGUGACUCUGUCAUGAAAGCCGAGACGCUGCUUCUCCUUGGACAAGUGCAGAGGGAUGCCGCCAAGAUCCGCGAUGCCAAUCUCUCCUUCAAUAGAAUGUCUCACACAGCUGGGGAAUCGGAAAGCACUGAUCACCUGAUCAAGCUCUCGCUACCCAACGCUGAUAAUAUCAAGAGUAGGGUCUUCCAUCAGCUGGAGAAGCUUGUGGAGCUGAUCUGUGCUCUAUUUGAGAGCACUAAUCCUGGAGAAGAGCGGCAGAGACGAUCCUGCGAAGUCUUUUUUGGUUUGCGUCCAGGGGAAGCUGGUCAGCUCCACAUCCAGAGGUGCGAAGGAGCCAGAAUCUUGUCUGCCCUGGAUAAGAAGGUGUCGCUAUUGAGUGAGGUUGAGGCUGUGAAGGCACGAGAAGCUAUCGCCAAGUAUUGCCUGAUUCCAAGAGCCCUGGGGUGGGUGAAGGGGAUACGUGAGCUGCUUCGUGGGGAAAUAAAGAAGCUGACUCAGUGCGUUGAUUAUCAGAUUGGGAUGCCAUGCUCGAAGGGCCUCGAAACCUGUCAACAGCUUCAUUCGCCAUACUCGUUUCACCACGUACUGAAUCGGGUGAACUACCUUGUCCUGCUGAUUGAGAUUGACGACAUUAUCGGGAAGGCUUCCCGAUUGUCCAUCUUCAAGGCUGCAGACAAGCUUACCGUGGAGAUUAAACGGAGUCAUGUAAAGAGCGCCAAGAAGUGCAAGGCAUUGUAUAACAUUUUCUUCCCCGAGCACUGCCACCAACGCUUCAUUGGCGAAUCAGUCCAAACAACGCAAAAGCUUCUCAGACUUGUACAGCAUCCCUCCGUCGGAAGACAGCUGAAGGCCUUUGCUGAGAAUGAGCGCAAGAAGGUUGACCGUAAGCAUCAGAGGGCAGACACAGAUUUAUACCUGAUGUGUCAUGGUAUUUACCAACUAAUUGGUGAGCCACCAACAGUCAUGAAACACUUGGUUACCCUAGAAGAAGAUGACUGCUUAAAGUGGCAAAAGAGAGAAGGAUGGAACCAUCCUAAUCCAUUAGGAAUGCACCCGCUGCGUUCUAAUGAUCCACGGAAGGGCUUCCUGAGCUACAAGCGCCGCCAUUUGGACUCCUUUGAGGAUCUGUACACAAAGCGUGACGCAAUGCAGUCCCUCAUUUCGUUCAAUCGCUUCAUGGGCACUCUGGUUAACAAGCCGGUGGAUCCUCUUCUGCCAUCCAUUAGUAACACAGUGGCAAUGAUAGAGGCGAAUAUCACCAUGAUGUUAACUCUUGGAGCAAAGACACAGCCGUGUGCUGUUGCCAUACCGGCGAGCUACCUCGCCCAGGCUGCCUUCCUUGAUGCUAUAUGCGCUCCAGGAAAGGGACAUGCAAUGUAUACUGCUGUGAAUGUCACAUCGACUAAUAAGCACACCUUUGGCCAGACUUGCCGUCUAGCUCGUCUCAUUUCUGGGACAACUACAUUAGACAGGGAGUUUAAUGUCUUGGUAGAUGCCUUCUCCAGCGUUGAGUACAUACAAACUGGAGAGGCUGAACGCACUCUGGUUCUGGUGCUUGUGAUGCUGUGUAAUGCUGGGAUGGCUCUACCUGUACAGAUCAUCAGAGACACACGUAAAGCACUGCAGUCCAUAGCUCCUUCUGAAGACCAUCUGCCAAAGAGAGUCUACACCGCUCUCGGCAGAAUCAGGGAAGCCCAGUGUCGUCAUGAUGCCCUCAGUAUUCUGCAGGAGCUCCUGAAGGCUCGUGGCGACGAGUACCUCAGAGAAUGCAGAUGGAGUCCGCGCAUGCCUCCCCGAGGAUCGCCUGGGUUGGAAUUCCGCAACUUGAACCUCAAGACCUUCAGCAAUGUACAGUUUGAGGCACUUCCGGCAGUAUCCCCGACUGUUUUCACUGAACUGAUGGAAGGCAACAGCCGUCAGAGAGGGAGAGACUUGGACGAGGAGGAAGAUGAAAGUGCUGGCUGGGAAAGGGGAGUGGAAUUCCUCGACGAUCCUGAAGUUGAAGGUGACCUUGACGUGUCUGAAGAAGAGGCUGCCAAGGCCCAGAGGGAACAGGAAACCCUGCAGAGAGAGCGGGCUACAAGGGUCAUCAUGGGAUUCUUGAAAUACAAGAGGCUUCUUCGCUUAGCCAGCCUCUUGAGAUCAUGCGGCUACACUACCAUCAGCGUCAGACAGGAGGUCCAGUCCAAAGUAGAGACAACAGCCACCGCCUGGGUGUCCCAGCAGCUCUUGGAGUUCCUGCACACUCCCAUAAGAUGCACCAUUUGCAGUGUCAGUCUGAGAGGGGUCGAAGAGACAAGACUUGAGCCAGAGGAACUGACUGAAGAAGGCCAUGACAAAGAUGAAGCAGGUGAAGCGGCCUCAAUGCAAUCAGAUCCUGGGCCCAUGUCGGAAGCAGACGGCAGGGAUGAUCUACCAACCCAGGAGGAGCACGAAGCGACAGCUCUUCAUCGGCAGAGACAUCAAGAUUUCAUUCAAUAUGGAAAAAUGCUCCAGGAUGAGGUGUAUCCAUUAGUGACAGAGGUUGAAAAAUUACUUCAGGAGCUUCGUUUCCCAACUCUAGCAGCAGGAAACACUGGAUACUCAGAUGAAUUUAAAUACUUUGAAGAGACUUUGUCUAGACGCAGGCAGGACCUCACUGACAAGAUGGCGGAGAUCCAAAGGCAUCGGGCCUUUGAGAAGCUUGCCGAGGUCAGGCACACUGCAGAGCAGCUCACAAAGCAAUACCAAAGGAGCAAGAAAAAGCUUGAGCAAACAAGAGCAGCAGCGCAACAGGACAAGACUGCUGAAGAAGAUAUUAAGGAGGCAGACGCCAUACCCUUUGAGGAAGAAGAAGAAGCAGAUGAGGACAAAAUCCUGCCUGUGGCCGAGCAGCCAGACAAGCGAAAAGGGGGAAGGAACAAGGGGAGGGGCCAGAAGAAAAAGGGGAAAUGGAGUGGGCGAAUGAGCAGAAGGCGAUAAGUGAAUCGAACAGGAAACCAGAACGUCAUCCUUCUUUCUUUGGGCUGCGCGCUUCUUGCUUAAAACCCCCUGGUGUAAACAGCGUAAAGACAGGCUGUAAAAAUUUACUGUCCGUAGAGUUAGCAGAUUCUGCAGAAUAUAAAGUACUUUCCCUUUGAUAGUCUCAUUUGCAUUCGAUUUCAACAAAAACAGGAAUAGUUGGUUAGUCAGUUUGGAACGUAAAGUAACUAAUGUUCUCCACCUAUGACCGAGGUUGAAGGAGCGAAUCUUGGUCGGAGAGUAUGCAGAGUUGCUGGUCUUUUGAAACCAAAGAUUUCGGCAGAAUUCUGUAUUCUGCAGACAGACCUGCAAACUUUGUUUCAAAGCUCGCCCUAAAUAUGUCACUUUGCUGGCCAAAAGUCUUAACUUCUAAACUAAACUUCUUGACUUAGUCAGAAGUCCUCGGAAUUAAUAUGCAUGUAUUAUACAUGUGGUCACAAUUAAAGGCUUUCGUCACCUAGCAAGAAUCAUUCAGAAUAGAUAUAGCAUCCACUGAUGGGCAGCAUUUUCACAACCCCCCCCCCCCCCCUUGUUUUUUUGAAACAACGAAUGAAAUUCUGAACACUCUUUGAAAGUCUGAUCACACAGUCGUAAAUUUCUAUACGCCCGAGGACAAUGCUUUGUGUUUCCCUUUGUCCCUGUAGUAUAACGCUCUUCCAUAGACUAAGCACAUAACCGUACGAUCGAGGACCGUUUUCAACAAAAGACCCAAUGCUCGAGGACAGAACAGAUCUUUUGUUCUCCCUUUGUGUGUCACUCUAUCAUAAAGCCAUACAUGUACACACGGUUCAGGUAUUGAGAUGUCAAUAAAGACAGCAGCACCUCUUCGUUUGAUGUAUUAUUUUCACAUUUAAAACUUCUCUACAAAAUGUGCUUAAUUUUGGAAAUUUCACUUGACAUCUACUUUAAGCAUUACACAUGUACUUUACAAUAGUGGGGUUAUACUGCAAUCUUGUUUCUUGUCAAUUAGCUUGAAACACAUAAAUUGGAAUCACUAAAAAAUAAUGAAUAGUGUUUGCCAUAUUGCAAAGCACAAAUGCAAUGAGAGGGAUGUUGACAAGAACAGAUUUAUUGGAAUGAGGUUGAUAAGUUGGGACUGAUUAAGUGUAUUGCCAUAAAUGUUUCAUAAAGAAAUUAUUAAUAUUGUUGUUGUUAGAGAAAACUUUGUUUUCUUGUAAGUGAAAUGAGAAAGAAUUCCCCCCUGAUUUUGAACUAAUAUGCUUUUGCAAUUUUGUUUGGUGGUCGGAGACGUCUCCAUUUACAUGAUCACUCACUUAGUUUUUCCUCGGAAUGUUGUUUGCAGAGUUCUUGCAGAAUAGUAACUAAAUUCUAAUUUGUAGUCAUUUCCAUUUGGUUCUUGCAGUUGUAAGUAGUAAGUAAAGUCUGUCCCGAGCCAAUAUGGCCCAUCAGGCCAGCGUUUAUCUCUGGUUUCAAUUCCCCCUGGAUGGGAUGCUAGUCCAUCGCAGGUUACUCCCCAGCUAAUGCCGAUACCCAUUUAUACUUCUGGGUGGAGAGAGGCAAGUGGGGAUGAAGUAGCUUGCUCAAGGACACAACGUAUGGCCAGCAGCUGGAUUUGAACCCCUGACCCUCUGAUCAUGAGUCACGAACCCAACCCACUAGGCCGCACUCCCCUUCCCCUUGCAGUUGCUCCACCCAAAUUUUGGCAGGGUGGUUUGUUCCAUACUUUCAUGAUGUUUAUUUCGGAAAAAUGUGGGGUUUUUUGGUGUUUGUUGUUACGGGUUGUUAGGGGAAUGGAAUAACCAAGUGAUAUUUGUUGUUCAGUAAAAUUGCAUUUCCAUAGUUUAUUUUUCUGCCUUACAGUUAACGUGCCUACGUUUUUGCCGUGCUAGCGACACUUUCUGUUUGAAAUUCAAUUUGGCCUUGUAGAUUUUAUGCAGAAAAGUACAUGACGUCUAAUUUCUAGUCAUUAUCCAUUUGAUAUAUGCAGUUGCUUGCGCCCAAGAUUUGACGGAUUGGUUGUUCCAUGCUUUCUGAUGUUCAUUUUGGAAAAAUGUGCUUUUUGGUUUCUGUUGUUACGGGUUAUUAGAGAGAAACAGAAUAAGCAGUGAGAUUUUGUCGUUCAGUAAAUUGUUUUCCCAUAUUUUUUUUUUCUGCCGUACAGUAGACAUGUGCCUGCGUUUUUGCCAUGCAAGUGAUACUUUCCGUUUGAAAUGCAAUUUUCCUUGCAGGCUUUAUGCAGAAAAGUAAAUGUCUAAUUUCUAGCAUUUUCAUUCGGUACAUGCAGUUGCUCGCGCCCAAAUUUUGGCAGAGUGGUUUGUUCCACACUUUUGUGAUGUUCAUUUGGGAAAAAUGUGGGUUUGGGUUUUUGGUGUUACGCGGGUUUGUUAGGGAGAAAUGAAAUAAGGGGAUAUUUGUCGUUCAAUAAAUUGCUUUUCCAUUAUUUUUUUUUUGUGCCAUACAGUUGACACAUACUUUUUUUUUCUGCCAAGAGCAAGUUCGCGCAAGAACUAUUGUUAACCAUAGUUCGACUAAGUUAGCUCGAACUCUGUCUAGUCAACGAUGGUUGAACUAUGCUAGUCGACUAUUUGGAACCAGCCUACUGGGCCUGGUCGCAUCGCUGGUUAUCAGUAGUCUUGUUUCGUUACUUAAGUGGAGAAGGAACCAUUGACAAAAGAUUAAAAGAAGUGAAUUGUACUACUACCCGCUGGUGGGCCUCUGAGAUAUCUUCCGGUUCAUUCAACAGGUCGAAGAACAUUAAAAAUCCAAACAUACCCGUGACCGCCCUAUGUUGACGAUGGUUCGACUAGAGUCGAUCCCACUUCGUUACAGUGCAUGUGCAUUGUUUGACACCAACCAACCACUGGUUGACUAAUGGUUGUUGCGCGAACUUGCCCCAUGCUAGUGAUAAAUUCUGUUUGAAAAUGUUGGCAGGUUGGUCGGUUCAUACUUGUUUAUUUAGGGAAAAUGUGGUUUUGGUUUUUGUUGUUUACGGGUUGUUAGGGGGAGAGAAUAAGUGGUGAUAGUUGUUGUUUAUUAAAUUGCUUUUUCCAUGAAUUAUUUUGUUUUUCUGCUAGACAUGCAGUUUUGUGCCUGCAUUUUUGCCACGCUGUUGAUACUUUGUUUGAAAUUCAAUUUUCUUUGAGAAUGCAGUGUCAAAGGGUACAUUCUCAGUGCAAAAGCAGCAACUUACUGAAAUGAACAAAGGAUUAAUUCUCACCCACAGCCACGGUAAUACGGUGAUGACUAUGCUCUACAAGAUUUUUUUUGUUUUUUCAGAAUUAUAUUUUUUUUUCCAGCCAAAUUUUGCCAACAGAUUUAUUUUUAACAGCCACACAAGGUGAGGGGGAAAAAAAACAUUUAUUUAUGGAAUUGUCAAGUACACAGAAAUAUUCCUGGCAUUCCCUCUCCCCCCCCCCCCCC